AUGAACAAAGAGCAAAGUAGUGUUCUGAAAGCAUGGGGGGCCACCAUGCGCAAGACUCAAGCUGCAAAAAAGCGUGCAAAUAGCAUUUUCGGGAUAACAUCAGUGGCGAACGUAGCUCAAAACGAUGUUGAAGACGACGAUACUGCUAAAAAUGUUAGCACAUCAGGGGAACCGGAAAUACUUGAGAAUGGCACAAACUAUGGGGAGGGGAAGGUUUACUGGCCCUCUGGUGCUAGUUAUGAAGGAGAGUUUAAAACUGGAUACAUGGAUGGAAUUGGUGUAUAUAUUGGAGCCAAUGGGGACACAUACAAGGGAAACUGGGUGAUGAACUUGAAACAUGGUCAUGGCACAAUGCAUUAUUCGAAUGGAGAUUUGUUCGAUGGCGAAUGGCGUCGAGGUGUAGAGAGGCCAUUGGAUAAAGCCAGCUUAUGGGAGAAUGAUGGCUUCACGUGGGCUGCUCUGCCGGGUCAUUGGUUUGGUCCUCCAACUGCUCUGCUUCGGGGUUUCACGUUGGCUGCUUUUCCGGGUCAUUGGUUUGGGCCUCCAACUACUCUGCUUCGGGUCUACUGCGACCUAGCCCCGGACAAAAACGAGCAUCUACAUGAUGGUGAUGGAAAUAAUUUAAGAGAUUUGGAUUACGAGUUGUAUGAUGAUACAAACCCAAAGUUCAACCUUGGGUUGCCUUUGAAAGUACCUAAACUAGGAAAAAGACAGGGGGAGUCAAUAUACAAAGGUCAUAGGAACUAUGAACUCAUGCUCAAUCUGCAACUGGGGAUCAGGCAUUCUGUAGGAAGACCUGCACCAGCCAUUGGUUUUGAUCUCAAGGCUUCAGCUUUUGACCCCAAGGAGAAAAUCUGGACCAGGUUUCCUCCUGAAGGCAGUAAAUACACUCCACCACAUCAAUCUUGUGAGUUCAGAUGA